GUCUGUCAGCUGGCUCAGCGAGAGAGAGAGAGGGAACGAGAGAGAGCGAGGGAGUGAGAGAGAGAGAGCCUCUCCCACAGGGAAACAUCACCAUCAACGGUCGAGCCCGGCUAACAGCAGCGGCAGCGUGGAGCACAAAAUAUGGAAGAAACGAUAUCAUAGAAGCCGAUUAGGCGUCGGCGGAGACCCCGAAGCGGUGGAUUAUUUUUCUAUUUCCCUAUUUAUUCACGUAUUUAUCUCCCUGUCAUUAAUGGCCGGGGUCCGCGGCUGCUGCUGCCUCUGAGUGAGAGGCAGGUGCAACAUCAUCAUCGACGGAGGAGGAGGCAUGGACUCAGCCAGGGCCGAUCCACAGGCGGGCCCACUCCUCACCCACAGCUCCCCGGACCAGGUGCUGCUCUGUUCGGGAGGAGAGAAAUAGCCGCGCUGCGUGUGUAGAGGCGAUACAACGGGCUGCUGGUGGAGGAGGAGGAAGAAGUGGAGGCAGAGGAGGGGGCCCUCUUUACAUCCAAAUAUUAGAGCCAAUAUUUCCGCUCUGGGCUCAAGGUUACACGCACAAAAUGCUACAGCGGUAAAACGGAUAAAGAGUUCUCUUUAUUUGUGUAAAACAUCAAAAUAGUGGUUUCAUGUACCUAUUUUCUUUGCGGAUCCAAAUCUGAGACAGUCUCGCAUUCAAGGCCUAAAAUAAAGAAAUAAUAAUAUAUAAAUAAAAAACGUGUGUGAUCGCUGUCUUCUCAUCUGGAAGAGAUACUCCAGCUCCAGCUGUCACCAUGAUGGAGCUACAGAUAGACGAGGUGGUCUACCAGGACGACUAUGGCUCCGGCACCGUCAUGUCGGAGCGGGUGUCGGGCCUGGCCAACAGCAUCUACCGGGAGUUCGAGCGGCUCAUCCGCAGCUACGACGAGGAGGUGGUGAAGGAGCUGAUGCCGCUGGUGGUGAACGUCCUGGAGAACCUGGACGCGGUGCUGACGGAGAACCAGGAGCACGAAGUGGAGCUGGAGCUGCUCAAGGAGGAUAACGAGCAGCUCAUCACUCAGUACGAGCGGGAGAAAGCGCUGAGGAAGCAGGCGGAGGAGAAAUUCAUUGAAUUUGAAGAUGCACUGGAGGCCGAGAAGAAGGACCUGCAGACGCAGGUGGAGUUUCUGGAGCUGCAUGGGAAACAACUGGAGCUCAAGACAAAGAACUAUUCUGACCAGAUCACCCGUUUGGAGGAGCGAGAAUCAGACAUGAAGAAACAGUACAACACUCUGCAUCAGCGCCACACUGAGAUGAUUCAGAUGUACGUCGAGCACAUAGAACGUUCCAAAAUGCAGCAAGUCGGGACAAACAGCCAAUCAGAAGGCCCUGGCUGUGGACGAACUCAACGCCACACAUGGAGGAAAAGCAAAGCGGAUCGCCCGUCGUCACUGAGCCUGUACCCCAGCGGUGAGGGAAUGGUACGUGGGGGUCUCGGGGGGGCUAGGAUGAUGCCCGGGAAAGACAUCUGGCAGGUCAGCGAGCUCGGCCAGUCUAUCUUCAGCUCUGCCUAUCAGGAGGAUGGAUCAGAGUCAGACUCGGUGGUCGCCACACCCAGCAGCACGGGGAGCAAGUCCAACACGCCCACCUCCUCCGUCCCCUCCGCCACCGUCACCCCGAUAAACGAGGGCUUCCACACACACUCUGAGUUUGACGUGAUGCGCACCGGGAACCACAGGAAAAGUGCCAAGCGGCUCAGCCGGAACAUGGAGGUGCAGGUUUCCCAGGAAACCAGGAACGUCAGCAUCGGUAUGGGAAGCAGCGACGAAUGGUCUGAGUUCCAGGAGAUUAUUGACUCUACUCCUGAGCUGGACAUGUGUGUGGACCACCGUGGGUACGGAGGAGGAAACAGCCCCACACAGGGAAUUGUGAACGAGGCCUUUGGUAUCAACACGGACUCUCUCUACCACGAGAUCAAAGAUGCCAAGUCAGACAUCAUCGGCGAUGUCGAUGCAGGUGCCGAGCUGCUAGGCGAGUUCUCAGUUCGUGACGAUUUCUUCGGAAUGGGCAAGGAGGUGGAGAACCUGCUGACGGAAAACAAACAGCUCCUAGAGACCAAAAAUGCUCUCAACAUUGUGAAAAACGACCUCAUAGCCAAAGUGGACGAGUUGUCGGGGGUGCAGGAGGUGCUGAGGGAGGAGCUGGAGGCCGUGAGGCAGUCGAAAAACAAAGUGGACGCCAGAGUCAAGGAGCUGGAAGAAGAACUCAAGAGGUGAGAACAUGUCGUCACUUAACAUAG